AUGUCGACUCACAGAGAAGGCGUCAAUCCCUUGAGGCCGUACUACAUCCCUCCCACAAUUGGAGAAGCCGCCGAGACAGUCAAUAAGUCGAGCCCUAGCCCAAACCCAUUCCCCGAUGGACGACAUGUGACUGCAGCUGGUGAAAGAUAUGCCUCCAAAGCACGCGAUAUCCUGUCCGACCUCGAAUACAAUGAUUAUUUAGGCGAUACCUCCCCGUCUAUGGUCCAGAAUGUCAAGGACCUUAUCGAUGAGCUGCUAUGGAAGUACACCUCAGUACUCAUGGCCCAACCUUUCGAGGUAGCAAAGACGUUGCUUCAGGUCCGGAACCAGGAUGAAAAUGCUGCAUACGAAACUCCUGUUGAGCCGGAGACGCCUAAGAGACAGCCCUCUUUUCACGGAAGCUCUAUGUACGGUGGUUUCGGAGACUCAGAUUCUGAAGGCGAGGAACCUGCCUAUUUCACAUCUCACAUACCAUCGACUCCCAGUCCCUCGACUCCUAGAGGCUCACACGGUCGAAGAGCUCCCUCUCCUGUGAAGAAACCGAAUGUUCCGGAACAUUACCUCACACUUCGCCGACCAGACUCGAUUCUUGAAGUGAUUGGGCAGCUAUGGGGGAAAGAAGGUGCUUGGGGUGUAUGGAAGGGAUCGAAUGCGACAUUUCUCUACACAGUGUUGCAGUCGCUGCUGGAAAACUGGGGUAGAAGCUUUCUCAGUGCGAUCUUCAAUGUCCCGGACAUGGGCGUUAGAGAAGACAUCGAUCGCAUGAUCGAUAUCGCCUCGCCGUAUCCUUGGGCGUCGCUCUUUGUCGCCGCGGCUGCUGCUGUGGCUACAGGACUCGCUCUAUCGCCAUUAGACUUGGUGCGAACUAGACUUAUCGUCACUCCGAGCUCAAACGGCCAGCGCAGGACGCUAGCCACCCUCAGAAACCUCCCCUCAUACCUGUGUUCGUCGAUGCUAGUACUACCAACUGUCCUCAACUCCUUGAUCCACCCUCUUAUCACUCUCUCAACACCCCUGGUUCUCCGAACUCAGUUCAUGAUCGACAGCCAUGCCUCGCCAAUGACCUUUUCUAUCGCCAAAUUUGUCGCCUCGUCAUCUGCGAUCCUGCUCAAGCUUCCUAUUGAGACUGUCCUUCGACGUGGUCAGGUCUCAGUUCUGUCAAGCCACGAAUAUGUGCAAGCACUUAGCGGCCCUGAACAACAAUUCACAACUAUUGUCCCCCCAGGGCGUUAUGAAGGCACCUUUGGUACCAUGUUCCAUAUCGUGAACGAAGAGGGAACUCAUGAGGUCACCAGCACGAAACCAGCCGCAGCAAAGAAAGGCAAGGCUAAGACUAAGGGUGUUGCCGCCACAGUCUACAAGGGCCAGGGUCGUGAGGGACUCUGGAGAGGCUGGAAGGUCAACUGGUGGGGACUAGUUGGUCUCUGGACUGCCAGUGUGGUUGGCCAUGGUGGAGAAGGCGAGUUCUAA